GCGGCGGCGGCGGCGGCGGCGGCGGCGGCGGCGGCGGCGGCGGCGGCGGCAGCCGAAACGCGGGGAUGGCGGGUGCCGGGAGCGAAGCCCGGUUUGCCGGGUUGUCGCUGGUGCAGCUCAACGAGCUGCUGGAGGACGAGGGGCAGCUGACAGAGAUGGUGCAGAAGAUGGAGGAGACGCAGAAUGUUCAGCUUAACAAAGAAAUGACGCUGGCCAGCAACCGGAGCCUGGCAGAAGGAAACCUUCUCUACCAGCCCCAGCUGGACUCUCUGAAAGCACGUUUGACCCAAAAAUACCAGGAACUCCAGGUGCUCUUUGAAGCCUAUCAGAUAAAAAAGACCAAAUUAGAUAAACAGUCCAGCAGCGCUUCCUUGGAGACCCUGUUAGCACUUCUGCAGGCGGAAGGGGCCAAGAUCGAGGAGGACACCGAGAACAUGGCAGAGAAGUUUCUCGAUGGAGAGCUUCCCCUGGACUCCUUCAUUGAUGUCUAUCAGAGCAAGCGGAAACUGGCCCACAUGCGAAGGGUUAAAAUCGAGAAGCUCCAGGAGAUGGUGCUGAAGCGGCAGAGACUUCCACAGGGCCUGCCGCCGGCCCCGCUGCCCCCCAGGGUGCCCGAGCCAGCGCCCACUGCCCCCCUGCCCUACCCCUCCCCGGAGGCCAGCGGGCCCCCCUCCGCGGUGCCUCGGCGCAUCCCUCCCCCACCGCCCCUGGUGCCUGCGGGACGCUUAGCCACGCCAUUCGCCGCCGCCCUGAGCUCAGGACAGGGCCCCCCGCACCCAGUGGCGCAGUGCCCACCGCUGCCCCCGCGCGGGGGCCUCCCCGCACAGCAGGGCUUCUCCCUGCAGCAGUUUGUGUUGCCACCGUACCCGCCGGCGCUGCCCCAGAGACCCCCGCCCCGGCUGCCUCCGCACCAGCCAGGCUUCAUCCUCCAGUGAGCGGCCCUCGUCCUCCCCGUGAGACUCCCUCGCCGGCGCCUGCUGGCCGGGUCCGCGCACGCAGAUGGAGGCCGUGAGCACCGGCUGCUCUGCCAGGGGCUCUGGUGCUCGGGCCAGGGUGUCCAUCUGGUUGUAGAGCCGUAGGUCAGCGGUAAGCACACGUAGAACCCUGGUUGUGGACACCUAGGCGGUUGUGCGCUGGGCCUCAGCCGGGCAUCCCGUGGUCGCGCUGGUUUGUGUUCUCGGUAUGAUUCCUCAGUCUGGCGUUGAAUUUGUGAGUUUGGGGAAAGUCGUCGUCUCCCCCCACCCCGCCCCCCGCCUCCGUUCCCAUGUAGGAUCGUGGUCCUCCCGUUGCAGCUUUAUUUAAUAAGCAUGGUUCAUCAUUUCUGCUUUAUUUUCAAGACAGUUCUGUGGGUCCCAGCCCACUGCCCACCGCGGCCUCUGGUGGGGGCCGGUCGGGUGGGCCAGCCCGGAAGGUGCUUCCUGAACCCGUGUGGGGCGGGCAGUCCUCAGAGUCCCUCCCUCCCCCGAGCCUGGAUGCUUCAAAGCCACCCUCGGAGUUUGCACUCGGCCCCCUGCCACGUCCAGGGGCCGGGCGAGCUGCGGCGGGUGAGGAGGUGGCCGGGAGCUGAACUUGGCACAGCAGAUGACGGCCCCAGCUCCUCCUCUGCCUCCGCCUCGAGCCAGCCCGAGGCUCUCUAUGAAGAAGUACUCCUCCAAUAUUUUUACUAUGUGUGUGAUUUUCCUGUUUUAUAUUGGGAAAGAAAACUUUUUUGACACUCAUAAGACCAUUCAGGGAAACUUUAUGAAAAAUGCACAUACUGUUCUGAGCAGGUUGAGAGUGCAGAUGAAGUGAACGCAGUUUCCUUUCUUGCAAGCAGUGCACGGUCGCCCCCGCGGGGCCCGUGCUGUGCCUUAGCUUACCUGGUGCCAGGAGUGGCCGGACAGGCGCUGGGGCGGCGUCACCGGCCGCUGCUGCCCCGGCGGCUCUGCGUUCCGGGAGGGGCUUGUCUGCGUUCCUUGUUGUGUUGCAGGUGGAAGAAAAGCCCACCCGCCUUGAACCAGAAUGCCCUUAGCCAAUAUUCUCUGCCUCUGGCUGGGCCUUGGGGCAGGGGUGUGACAGAGGGAUGCCAGCAGCAUCUCAGCUCAGUCUGGAGAAAGCCUGCCCCUCAGUGUUAGGGAGGUACCAACAAUCUCCGAUGCUCUGGCAACACCACGGGCUGUGCCUGCCCCCUGGGUUCUCAUCCGCAUGUGCCACGUGUGCCGGAUUCCCAGGGCCCCAGGCGGGGCUGGGGGUAGCGUUGCCACCCACCUGUUGACCAAAAAAGGCCCGUGUGCUCAGGUGUGGAACUCCUGACUCUGGCCUGUGACUCCCCAACUGGCUGCUGCCCAGGUGACAGAAUCCAGGCAGAGCUCAAAUGGGGUCUGUCCCGGCAGGCCCUGGGCGAGGCCACCAACCUUUGUCCUCAGUUACUGUACAUUUCUACUCCUGGACUUGAACUCCUGCUGUAUUGUAAUUGUUUUUAAAGAGAACAGCUGUAUAGGACGAUUUACUGCCCUGCCAAUCAGGUGGGCCUGUUAACGCCUGUGUCUCUCGAGAGUGGUGCCACCCAGCCCUUUACCUCUGCCGCCUGCAAGGGGCGCAGCCAAACGUGUGCGCUCGGUGUUGAUGUGGGGGAGGGGCCGCCAGGCUGGCCUUGCCGUCUCCAGGGCCACAUCUGAACUGUGCUUGUAAAGCUGUUAAGACCCCUUUUAAUAAAUAGAGAAUUGUUAAUAACGGCCCUGUCCUUUAUUUGCCUGGGGACCCUCAUGACGUGUUUGGUUCUAGAGCAUCAGCAGUCAGCGUUCCAACAGCGAGGCUGACUGGUGUGGCUCUGAAGUUACAAAAACUAAAGGCCACUGAGGUGGUUGGUCUUGAUCCGAGAAUCUCAAAUGUGCACCAAAAGAGGCAGAAGGAAGCGCGCUCCUCCUGUGUCGGGGUGUCUUUGGGGUUUUAGCCGCCCUGCCAGGGCCUCAGCAGGGGACUCAGGGUGCCCCCUGGGCUCAGUUCCCCCCCGCCCCGGCUUCUGUCCACAGGCCGGCUGCACAGCUGAUGGAAACUCUACUUAGAACAUUCUCUGCUGAUUUCAAGUAAAUGAUACAAUCCUGUGGCCGGCAUUCUGCUCUGAGACUCGCCCACAGUGGCUGCUGGGAAGCUUACAGCCAAAUCUGCAGUCCACCCCCCCUUGGGGGCGCUGGGCUGGACAGAGCCACGUGUGAUUCUCUCCUCCCUCGUCGGGGCUGCUUUGCUCACGGGACAUCCAGGGAGGACCAGUGCCUGACCUCAGCCGGACUGGUAGGUGCUGCGCGCACUGCGGGGCUCCACCGCGACGUGUGCUCACUGAGGACCUAGGUGCAGUCGGCUCACACCAGCCUUCACUGGUUUGGAUUUGGUGAGAGAACCAUCUGCUUUAGUCUGUUUGCCGAAGCUGUUUUCCUUGCAAAUAAGGACCAGACACUGCUCCCUCUCACUGCCCUUCCAGUUCACGGAGGCUAGUUUUCAAAGCCCUUUCUCACCUGACCACACCCGCCCCCUCACAGCCCCAUUUCAUCCUCCGGGAAGCCGAGGCGGGGGAGUGGCGUGCUUGCCACACGGCAGGAGCCACACGAGGCGCCCUUUUCCUCCCCGACCUGCGCCGUCCUUUGGAUCCACAAAUGCUGGUGACCUUGGGGGAGGGGUGCGGUUGCUGAGGGCAGCCGGCCACGGGGUGCUUCCAGGGAACGUGGGUGUGGGCACAGCCAGCUGCACUCUCAGGAACCUAGACGCCUGGUAAGUUCUCCAGUGUAAAGGCUGGUUUGGCCACUGCAGUCAAGUCCAGCCAGGGGUCAGGGUCACCACCAGGCUCAGGCGUGAAAUUCAGGUGAAAUCCUUCAGGUAAGAUUUGUAACUGAGGAAUCGGCCUCACCCCUCCCUCCCUGAAAGAGGCGGAGCUUCCAACAGCGCUGGGGGAGGGGGAUCAAGACCCGAGGGGGCCUCUGGCUGGGAACAGAGGCCUCUCAGAGAAGAGCCCUUAGACUCCCCAAACAAGCGUCCCAGAGUCACAAACCUCCCGGGAAACGAGCCGGACACUUCUUGGCAGAACCGGAAGCGGGAAGGUUUUCUGUGGCUCGCAUGUUCCACUGUUUCCUGCAGAAACUACGGGGGUCCCUCCCCUCCCCAGCGUACUGGCCCUGGAGAAAUGAAGAAGCAGGCGCAGCCUCUCACUGUGGGGUGACAACAGUCAAAGUGCGGUUUAUUGCUGAUCUGACAGACACUUCAACACGAGGAAAUACUACACGCAAAGCGAAUCGAGCUGCCGCCUUGUGAUCCUCUCCAGGCCAAGAUUCUUCCUUCCAGCCAGGCCUCCCUCUUCCCAGGAGGAGGCGGGGGGCUCGAGGAGAGCGCGUUCAGCCCUCCCUGAGGGCUGCCCCCUGCCCCAGGAGCACCAGGUGCCUUUGAUCUGAUCCGAAGAGGGCGCAGGCAGCUCCUAGUUUCUGGGCUUUUUCUGGCUAAGUUGGAGAGGCCUGCGGGAGGGCUGGAAACCUCCCAGGGAUGGGGAGGCAAAGGGAGGAAUGAGGUGGCUGGGCAUGGGGAGGGGCAGCCAGACCAGGGGAAAGAAAAACAGGAAGCAGGAGGGUCACCGCAGGUUCCAGCAGGAACAGACUCUAGGAGGAUGGCAGCACCCGGCCUGUCCCCCUUCCCAGGCAAGGGUCUCGUCCUCAGCGCUCACGGUCACUGACGCCCUAGAGCGAGGCCCAAGGAGAAAGGGGCACUACCCCCAGCCCACCUAAGAGCAUCCUGCUUUGCCUGAGGCCGCACCAGGUCCCAAGAAGGCCACGAACAGGUGAUGUCUUCCCCAUGUCCCCAACAGCCAGCACAGACUGUGUUCUAGUCACCUCUAACCUCAGACCACGAGUCCCAGGGGCAGGGGAGGCCCGGCCCAAACAAACACCCCUUCCCGUAGCCCUGCUUUCUGGUGUGUUGCACACAAACUCACAAAAGAUCUAACUCAGAAUAUUAGAAAUGCUCCGUGUAUUUCCUGAAGAGCUGUGGCUCAGGCCUGCUGGGUCCUGGCUGCUCUGAGAAGUUCCUGUUGCAGGUAACUAGGCUCUCGUCCGGGAAGAACUGCUCCGGUCAGCCCCGGUCAGCCCUGAGCCCUUGCGCUCAGCGAGGGCUGGGCCUUCUCAGAGGCUCCUCAGCCACGAGGCCCAGGCCUGGCCGUCAGCCUCCCCGCUGGACCCCUCGGGCGCGGGGGUGGUAGUGGCUAGUAGUUGACGAGUGGAGCCGCGUAGCUGCCAUCCUUUUUGUCAAGCUGCAGGAGUCAAAGGUGAGGGGGCUCGGUGGCCACGGCCAGGAGUGCCUGACAUGCCUUGCGCCGGGCCCCAGGCACCCCGCCGCUCCUUGGCCCCUGCCCCUUCCCUGGCACGAGCCCUUGGCACCUGCCGUGCUCCCUGCGUUGCUGGGGCCGCGUGUCUGCCCCCACUGGUCAGUGGCUUCUGACCGUCCCCAAGGCCCGCUGCCCCACAGGCCAGUGAGCAGAGGCCGGGACAGCACUCCUGGGGCCCCUCUGCUGUCACCCCCCACCCGCACUGACUCCCCGCACCUGCUGGUCCUGCCUGGGGGCCACGCUGGGCUUCUGGGCCAGGGGCGGCUUCUUGGAGGUCCCACCGCGGGGGGCAGCGCUGGGCCGGCCGGGCUCAUCCGCACCGGGCGUCCCCACGGCCCCGGCCAGCAUGUAGUGCUGCUUCCGCAGCUCGCCCAGCCGCACGCGCUCCACCUCCAGCGUCUUCUCCAGCUCCAGGACCCGCACCUGCAGCCCGGUGCGCGGCCGCUCAGCAGGCCCACGGCCGCUCAGCAGGCCCACGGCCUCGCCCCAGGGGCCCUCCCGCCUUCCCGGAGCUCAGCCGCGGGAGAGGGACGGGGGUAGGAGGGGGGACUGGAGAGGGACAGCCGAGGGCGCCCACCUGGGUCUCCAUCUCCUGCUUCUUCAGCUUGAUGAGGGAGAGGCCGGAGAAGUCCAUGGUGUCUGCGGCCAGAGGGGAAUGGGUAAGCAUCUGGGCACCCGCCCCCAGCCCGGCCGCUGCACCGGGGCCCCAGCACUCGCCUCUGUCCUCGAUCUGCUCCUGGCCCGACCUGGUGGAGGCCACCACGCUGGCGGCCAUCUCAUUGACGGCGCGUGAGCAUUCCUGCAGGCGACGCAGGUGUGGGCUGUGCUUGUCGGCCUUCACCUGGGGGGGCAGGACGGCCUGCUGGCUGCACCACCCCCAUGCCCACGGUCUCCCCGCCGCACGUGGUGCCGCCGCCACAGUCGGGAGCCCAGGAGCCCGAGGGGAGGCUCACCUUGGAGGCCGCCACCAGCUGGGCUGUGCUGGCCGCGAUCUCGUGGGAGCAGACGAUGAGCUCCUCGUACUUGCCCGUGUGAAGCACCACCCUGUCAGCUGACUCCCUGGGGGCAGAGCCAGGCAGGGCCUGGGUCUCCGACCCCCUGGACGGCAGGCCGCCUCAACACCCCUCCCCAGACCCUGAGCACCACACACCCUGCUGCCCCCCCGACCUGAGGCAACAUACACCAGCUGCGUGGCUCCCCAGCCCACGGCCUUGGAGGCGGAGAUGAGGCCUUCCGUCCACCUGGAAUUCUUGGCGUAAAAUUCCUGCUGCGUGGCUGCCCCCUAGUGGUGACAGGAGGGCGGGGUGGACCAGUCAAGGACGUCCUGGGUGGCAACAGAUCCCCGCGGGUGGGCCCUCCUCCCCUCACCCCGGCCACUAGGGCGCAUCCCUGGGCCGUGGAGGAUUGGUCUGGGAUUCCCAGGUGCGCUGCAUGCACUGGGAGGGCCUGUCAGCACUGCACACUCGGGUGUCUUAUGCCCAAGAAGAGUCCCGUGGUCGGCUUAAGCCACGGGGCGGGUGAUCCGCGACCGAGAGGGCUCUGGAGUCAGGCCCCUUUCAGGAACCUGUCCCUCGAUGGCCUAGCUGUGCAGCCUGCCCGCUAGGGAGGGAGUCCCACCUGGCCCCGUGAGACCAGCGGCCCAGCUCACCCUGCCGCUCUCCACGAUCUCCUUCUGCAGGCUCGUGGAUGUUGUCACCAGGAGCCGGAUGGCCUGCCAAGACCAAGACGUGUGUCAUUCUUGGGGGCCCGGCCAGGCACGGGGCCCACCCUGGGUCGCAGCCAGCCACUCACCUUCAUCAGGUCUGUGCAGGAGUUGAGGAUCCUGAGAGGAGCAGAAGGAGGCCGUCUGGCCGUCGCACAGAGGCUGAGUGCGGAGGGGGGUGCAGCCCGCACUCAGCCCAGCGCCCCCGGGGCUCCUGCACCCUGGUCCUCACCUCGAUUCUCCGCACCGCAUCUUCGAUGGCCGCAGACGUGGCCGCCAUCUCCUUGUCCACCACAGCCCCGAGUUCCUCCUGACGCACGUCCAGGAUCUUGGGCUUCAGCUCCUGGGGGAUGAGGGAAUCCAGGAGUCAGAGGAGGUGGAUUCCACCUCCCGCCACCCCACAGAGCCUGGGAGCGAGACUGGGGCUGCCGGGCCCUAGAGAGUAGUGCUCUGUACCCACCCACCCCGUGUCCCACAGCUACACGUUCUACACGUGAGCACCUAUUCAGCCCAAACUGGAAGGAGGCGCAGAGAAGCUAGGGACCCCAGCCCAGCACCACCGCCCCCCUGCAGACCCUGACCCACACUUGGCAUCCCGGCUGCACACCUCACCUGGCCCAGCUGAAGGAUGCUCUGCAGGGGGGUCUGCACCAGGCUGGGCUGGGCCUGCAGCAGAGCCUGCUGAUCCUGCAGCUGCCUCACGAGCUCCAGCGCCCGCACUCCACAUUCCCUGCAGGUGUCGAUCAGGCCUGGGGGGAGAGGGCUGAGGGAAGCCAGUGCCGAGAACCCGGGGAGACCCUAGCUGGGUCUGACGCCAGGACCUAUCAGCAGCCGCCCCCCUUUCCCAGGUCCACGGGGAGGAGCUCGUGUGACAAGCCCAGGGCGCACUUACGGUCAGCAGGGUCAGUGGGGGCCAGGUGGGAGGUGGCACUGCCAUGGACGAUGGUGUCCGCGGCCAGGUGGGAGAACCGGGUCAGGGCUGCCACAAGGGCAGAGGCGUCUACGCGGGAAGAACAACAACCCUCAACGCUGCUGCUCUGGAACAGGCCCCGGUGGUGCCUCUCCUGCCUGGCAAGCCCACACAGGCUCCAGUACCCCAGCUCUCGGUGGGAGGGGGCCGGGCCAAGGUCACGCAGCUGGAAAGCAGCAUCGCAGGAACCACCCCCGGGUCUCUGUGACCCCUGGCCCGAAGGGCUGAUCUCUGGAACCGGGCUGGGGCUUACUGGAGAGGCGCCUGUGGUGGGAAACCGCCCUGAAAGCAGGAGGCGGCAAUGGCCCGUGGGCCCGGGUCACCACCGCUGGCGGCCUCUGCCCUGCCCAGGCCGGCCCCAGCUGCACUCACCUGCCCUGGAGAUCAGGUAUUGGGCGUGGCCCUUCUCCAGGGUGCUCACGGCAUCCAGGGCAGCCUGGGCCCUGCUCACCAGGUAGUCUGCCAGCACAGGGAGAACCGGUGAGGGGCAGAGCCUGGCCUGAGGCCCCGGCACCCUCCUGCCCACCUCCCUCAGGGUGGGUGGGUGGGUGAGGAGGGAAGAGCAACGCCCGAGCGCCUGCCGCCGCGGCCCUACCCGGAGAGCUGGUGCAGCGCAGGUGCAGGGGGUCGUCUAGCUUGCCCACGGCAUCCUGCAGGAUGCGCUCGGCCUCGGCAGCGGUGCCCCGCAGCAUGGCGAACUGCUCAUCCAGCAGCCUGCGCUGCAGCCCCUGCUCCUGAGACUCCUGGUGGGAGAAGGUGAGGCAGCGGUGAGCCAGCCAGGCCCCAGCGGAGACCCUCGCUGGGGAGGGGGCUUUAGCGAGAGGCCCUGCUGCACCCCCUGUGCCUGGGCUGCUCCCUCAGGAGCGGGGCGCGCAGCUCAUGGUAAAAGGGAAUUCUGCCCCAAUUCAGCUGUUACGCAGGGUGAGAGUGCGCAGCAGGGGGGCGGGGCGGGCCCGCACCUUGUCUGCCAGCCGCCCCUGCAGCUCGCCCCUCUCCCUGGAGCUGCGCUGCUGCUCCUGGUCCAGCGCCGCCUCCUUCUCCCGCACCAGGCUCUGGGCUGCCACCAGCUCAGCCUGCCGCUGCCGCAUUUCGCUGCUCAGUGUGUCCUUCUCCGCACUCAGCGUAUCCAGCCUCGAGCUCAGCUCCAACCCGCUCUGUGUACACCUGGCUGGUGAGCAGGGCUUCCAGAGGCCCCGCCCGCCCCCAUCCCCACCCAAAUCUACAGACCCUCCCUAGGGCCACAGGAGACUGAAGGCUGGCUGAGGGCCCAGGAGCGGGUCCUGUGCCCAGUAUACUUCCUGGGGCUGGGUCAGAGCCACACCCCAAGACCAGGGCAAGCCGCUCUAAACCACGCCCCGCUCCGUGGCAGCCCGGCCUGGGAGGGCCCACACCUGCUCCGCGUGGCUCAGGGCCGCCUGCGCCCGCACCAGCUCUCCCGCCUUGGCCUCGAGCUCCCUCUUGAGCUUCUCCAGCUGGUCACUCUGCUCCUCCAGCUACGACGGGAGGGGACAGGACGUCACGGGGGCAAUGGAGCUGGGGGGUCACUGGGGUCUACGGGGCAGGGCCUGUGAUCACGGGACGCACCUUCAUCUCUGACUCCCGUUUCACCUGCUCCACCUGGAAGGCCAGCUGCUCCUUCACCCGCGCCACCUCCUCCUGGCUCUGCUGUGUCACCGUCAGCUGCUUGGCCGUGUCUGCGUUCUGCACCGGCGGGGACCAGGGACAGGCUCGGCUGGGCUGCGCUCGGGGUCCCCUCCUCCCACCGGCCCCCGUCCGCGCCCCCCGGGCCUACCUUCCGGAGCAGCUCGGCGUGCGUGGUGAUGAGCUCGCUGUGCUUUUCCUUCAGCUUGUUGUAGCGCGCCUCGGUGGCGCUGGCCUUCUCUGCGGAGGAGGCGGAGGCUACGGCCGUGACCCCCAGCCCGGCGGCGUACCCCCCGCCCCACCCUGCCGCCCCGCCCACGCACUCUCCGCCUCCUCUCGCAGCCCCUGGUGGCGCUCGCCCUCCAGCUGGGCAGCGCGCAGCCGGGCCACCUCGUGGCGCAGCUGCUCGUUGUCCACCAGGGCCUUCUGCUUCUGCUUGCGCUGCUCCUCCAGCUCGGCCUCCAGCGCGUUCACCUGGCCCUUCAGCUGCGCCAUGUACCGCUGCGCCUGGGCGGCGGGAGGGUGGGGUGUAGGUCCCCCGCGCGGGGCAGCCGCCCGCCCCUGCGCCGCCGCCCGUGCCCCUCACCUCCAGCUGGAUCUUGUCCAGCUCCGUGCGGAGCGUCUCCACCUCCCUCUUCAAGGUCUCUAUCUGGAGGUCCCUGGGGACAGAGGUCAGGCGGGGUCUUCCCCAGCCCGCGUGGUCUUCCCCAGCCCGCGUGGUCCCGGCGUUCCAGUUCACUCAACCGGGACGAUCAGGGGACCCGGGCACGGCCACUGGUCCUCUCAUCAGCACCCCCUCGGGGUUUGAGCAUCUCAGGUCUGUGUCCCCAGACAAGAUCUUUCGGGAUCACAGUUCCCGGAAGGCUGUUUCCCACGAUGGUGGGCUCCCCCGGCCCUCACCUGUCGUCUUUCAUGGAGCCAUUCGGGGGUCCAAAUGUCUGCUCAAAGAGGUCAGCCACCACCUGCCACGGCAAAGCACGGUGACCCCCGCCCCUAUUCCCCCAGGCCAGGAGGGAGUCCCAGGUGCCCCCAGCGAGGAGGGGGCGGCUCACCGCUGGUUCCGCGGCGGGGGGCCCCGAGCCGAUCUCGAUGAGGUUCUCGGGCUCCUCGUCCUCGGGGGCCUCCUCGGGAAUCACCACCACCGGCUUGAUGUGCUCGGCCAGCGCCGAGGCCCGCAGGAAGUUGGGGGGUCCCUGAGGGGGCAGCGGGUGAAAGCGACCCAGCGCUCCCCCCAGCAGAAGGCCCUCCCUCUGCCGCUCCCACAGCCCACACGAGGCCCCACAUGGCGCCCAGCCAGGCGGCCACGGUCCUCAAGCCCAGAGCCCAGGGCAGAACAGGGCUGCAGGCUGGCGGCGGCCGCUGGAGGGCGCAGGUACCUCGGGCAGCCGGGGGAUCUGGAUGAGCCGCUUGAAGUAGAGCAUGUCAGAGGCUCUGCGGAAGAAGUUUCUGAGGCUGCGGGGACGGGGACGGAGGCGAGAGGUCAGAGGAGCCAGGCCCCAGCCCGGUAGCCCCAGCACACGCCGCCACCCUCCACCCGGCCCAGGCUGGUACCUGUGAAACUGCUCAUGGAACCGGUCCCGGUGGCCUUGCAGGGUGUCUGCCGGGAGGCCUGGGGGCAGAGAGGUGUAAGGGGACUCCCUCCUCGCUCACUGCUGUGCCCGAGACUUCAGAUCUGCUCCCUCCCUUCCCCCUCCCUGCUCCUCCACGUUCUAGAAACCAUCACAGAUUAGACAGAUUACCUGCCACCUGGCUGCGUCCCACCCACCAUCAGGAGGGCCCAAAGAACCCCCUAUGAGGAGUUCAGCUCUCGACUGAGUGAGGGAAGGAACCGGUGAGUGGGACGGGCAGAACCCUGACCACAGCGCACCGCACGUGGGCUCUGCUGGUCCGUCAGGUCGCCCUCCCUCGAGUUUGCCCAAGGUUGACACUGGAGCAGCUCACAGACCCCAGCCAGCAGCCCAGACCCUUUCUGAGCACUAAGGAGCCACCACGUGCCUCCCCCAGUCCUCCCCGCCAGCCCAGUGCACACCCCGCUGCCGCCUCCAAGGCCAGGCGGUUAAGAGAACUGCAAACACGUAAAACUACGUGGCUCUUCCCAUUAAAUCUUUGUUUUGGAAAAUAGUGAUUUUUUUUUAUAACAAGUAUGUUAUUUAUGUUAGUGGGUAAUGAGUUUAUUCCUGUUAUGUUUAAUUAAUAAAUAUCUUAAAGACUG